AGCUUCUAAGUAUUCUAUUCAAGAGUAGCAACCGCAGAUAUGCUUCACCCUGGAUGCACAGCUCCUACUAGAUUAAAAAUAUUAAAUCAAAACUCUUAAUUCAAAAGGGGUAACCGUUGGAUGCUAUCGAGGAAUAGCCUUGUGGAUGUUUGUCAUGAGAAAACUGAGAAAAGAUCAUAUGAAGCUUUGCUCAGUCAGUGCAAGUCAAUCACAACAGGCAGGAAACUCCACCAAAGCCUUCUGGAGGCAGGAUAUCUUUCUCAAUCCGAUUCAUUCUUUGCCAACCUUCUUAUACGCAUGUACGGGAAGUGCAACAGCAUCAGCGAUGCUAAAAACGUCUUCGAUUCAAUCUCUAAGAGGAACGUUUUCUCCUGGACUAUCAUGCUUGCCGCAUAUGCCCAGAACGGGCAUAUCCGCGAGGCGAGAGAUAUCUUUGACAAAAUGCCCUCGACACUCAAGAAUGUUGUUUCAUGGAACUCAAUGAUUUCUGCAUACUCUCAAGCUGGGAAUUCCAAAGAAGCCUUUUGCAUAUUCAAGCUCAUGGAUCAGGAAGGGAUUCGACCGAAUGAAAUUACGCUGAUUAGCAUUCUGGAUGGAUUCUCCAGUUGCAAUGCCUUAGAACAAGGCAAGAGUGUUCACAAGAGCAUUGAUUCCACUUUCAUUCUUUGUGACGUUCGAGUGGGAACUGCGCUGGUCGACAUGUAUGGAAAAUGUGGAAAUAUUGGAGAGGCCAAGGCUGUGUUUGAUGUGAUGCGGACCAAAAACGAGGUGACAUGGAAUGCCAUGAUGGCUGCAUAUGCCCAGAACGGGCAUUCCAAUUUGGCGAUCCGGCUGUUCCAGCUCAUGAGCGUCGAAGGUGUCAAGCCCGACGACGCUAACUUUGUGAGCGUGUUGGAAGCUUGUGGUGACGCUGGAGAUCUAACGGUUGGUCGACUGAUUCACAGUUUUGCUGCUCAAAGUGGAUACGAUUCAAACCUGAUGGUGGCAACUUCGCUGCUAAACAUGUACAGUAGAUCGAGAGAGUUUGAUCGGGCAAGAGAGAUUUUUGACAGUGCUGAAAGCAAAGACGUUGUUUUGUGGACUGCUCUGCUGGUCGCAUAUGUCCAGAGCGGGCAUGGCAAGGAAGGGUUUCGAGUUUUCGUUUGCAUGGACCUGGAGGGAUUUACACUGGACGAGGCUUGUUUCAUCAGUGCUCUCGACGCUUGUGGGAGUGUCCUCGCUGUGGACGAAGGAAAACUCGUUCACGCAAGCUUGCUAAGUGACUAUAAAUAUUAUCUUAGCACCAAGAUCCAAAAUGCGCUGGUUCACAUGUAUGGACAGUGUGGUCAUCUCAGAGAAGCGAGAAAGAUCUUCGAGGACAUGAGAUCAAGGGAUAAAGUGUCGUGGAAUGGGAUUCUCACAGCCUAUGCCCGCCACGGGCAGAUCCACGACACUCUAGACUUGUUCUUGAGAAUGAACCUAGAGGGCAUACCACCCAAUGCAAUAACUUUCACAAACGUUCUCUCUGCUUGCAGCCAUGCAGGCAAGCUCUCCAGAGCGAUGUUUUUCUUGGCUUCCAUGCAAGGCGACCAUGGAGUUUGCCUCGAGAAAGACCACUACGCGUGUGCCGUCGAUCUGCUCGGACGGCUGGGACAGCUCCACGAGGCAGAGGCUUUGACGGACGGGAUCUCCAGUGGCAUUGGAUGGAUGGCGUACCUGAGCGCUUGCAAAGCUCACGGGAAUGUUGAGGCGGCAGCGAGAGCUGCUGAUAGAGUUCUCAAGCUGAAUCCAGAGAACUCGGCACCUUAUGUCUUGUUCUCGAGCACCCAGGGAGCCAGUAAAACUCUGGAAAGCUUUUAGAUUGAAAUACUUUGGUCCUAACUUAGCGAUGACAAACAACCUCAGAAACUCAAGGCAGAAAAAGUUAAUUCCAUUAGAAUAUCCUAGUAUACACUACAAAACUUUAAACAAAAAUACAAAUGUAUAAAAACUAUAUAUAAUCA